ACAUAAUAUAUCCUUAUUGCCAAUUCCACAACUACAACUUAACCCCCCUCACAUAUCACCAAUUCACAUCAAACAACCAUGUCGGAACAGAAAAACAUCACCAAAACAGAGAUCGACACCCAGUCCGGUUCCGCCUACGAAUACCAUGGUGGGAGUGCGCCCCCAAAGGCGACCGAUAAGGUGUUGGAGCCAAAGGUUGUUGAGGAGGAAGUCAAAGAGGCCAUAGUCCACGAAAACAUCACCGCCAUCGAACGCGAAGAAAUCCAACCCAUCAUCGAGCGCGAGCGCCUCCAGACCGAGAUCGUCCAAGUCGUCCAACCGGUCCUCGACGUCGUCACCGAGGCCCCCACCGUCGAGAAGGUCCAACUCGAGGAGGAAACCCACAAGUACCGCGAGAAAGCGAGCGAGGAGGAUAUUAGGAAAUAUGAGGAGCAGGCGGAGGCGUUCAGUGAGGAACGCAGGGAAGAGGUGGUCCAUGAGAAGGUCUAUAAGGCCCCCAUUAUUCAUGAGGUGGUAAAGACAAAAGUCAUUACGGAGGUUCAGCCCGUGAUUGAGAGAGUCAUCAACAAGACUCAUGUCAUCGAGGAAACACAAAACAUAAAAGAGACCUUCGUAAAAGCCCCCAUAGUCCACGAGCAACAAAUCGCCGCCCCGAUCUCCAUGUCCGAAUUCGCCGCAGGCUCCACACCCCUCAAGCGCACUCGCGGCACAUCCCUCAGCCCCUCCCCGUCCACCACCACCACCCUCACCGGCACGCCCCCGGGCCCCAUGACCCGCCUCAAGCGCAAAAAGCUCGCCGAAGCCGCCGAAGGCCCCACCUCGCCGUCUUCCCACUCCCAUGAAACCACCUCGCUUGACAUCACCACACCCACGCCCGCGGAACCCUCAACAGUCCACGGGACAUUGGAAAAGAUCGUGGGGGUUGUGGAGGCGGGUGUUGGGGAGCUGUUGGGGAGCGAUCGGUUGGUUGUGGAGGGGGAGAUGAGGAAGGCCGGUGGGGAGGAGGAGAUCAGGGAGGCGAAGAGGAGGAGAGUUGAGAGGGGCGAGAAUGGGGUGGAUGUUUAGGAAGGGCGUUUUGGGAGACACGUUUGAUGUGGAUUGGUACCCGCGCGCACCCCGUAUAUGCAGACGGGAGUACAUACAUACGACUGCAUUCUUUUUUUCUAUUUGAUUAUGCUUUUCAGCGGUGUAUCAUACCAUACCGUCUGUCCUGUAAAUAAGAAACCAUUUUGUCGCUGCAACGUGUGUCCUUGGGGUUGUAAAGCGAAAGACCCGUCUUUUUUGAUGUCCAAGAGCAACACGCGACUGGCACUUUCGGACCAUCGUCGGCCGGCUUGCUUCUUUGAAAGCCUUUGAACACCUCCACCAGCAGCUCAAUUACGCCACCCAGCAACUCCACAUCAGCAGCAGCCUCGGGUCCACCUUCAUCUCGAUCCCCAUAACCCAACCAUCCC